ACAUGAUUAAAUGGGCAAAAUGGGGCACAAUAUUUUGGAAAUUUUUUUUAGUUUUUGACUUUAUUUCGCAUUAACCAAUUAAAUAUACUUGUAUAGCGGAUAUCAUAGAGAUUGAAUUCUCUAGAACUUGUUAAUGUAAUUUUUAUUAUACUUGCCUAUCAGUACAAGUGUACAACUGCCACAACCUUCUGUCCUCUCUCUAUCAAGCGGACCAAGCUUUCCCCUCCAGAUAUAAAAGGAAUUAAAACUCCCUAAAAGAUUGUUGCUCCAAUUAGGGUUUUUUUCCCCUGCAGCAGAUACUGAUUUAAAAUGGGGCUCCACUUGAGCCAGAGUUUUCCCGUGCUGAGGUAGGUAAACCUAAACCUUGACUCAGUUAAAAGAACGUUUGCCCUUCUGUUUUUAUUCCAAUCACUUGGUUUUCAUGUCCAAAAGGUUGUAGUUUUAGUACCAAGUUUUAUACUUCCAAGCAACUACUUAAAUUGCAAAUUCUGGGUAAAAUUUAGGUUUCUUGUUGGUGUAAGAAGAAGUAAUGUAGGUAUUGCUUGUUCAUCUCAGUUUGUUGGGAGUUGGGUUUGAUCUCAGUGGAAGCUAGUAAAAUAGUGUGUUGAAGUUAUAUAGGUGACAUUUUGUUUAAUCCAUGGAAGUUGGAAACAAGUAGUGGUUUUUGGCAUGCCCAUUUUCUAAAAUGUCUUGGGUUCAAUCUCAAAUCAGGCAGAGAAUUUGUCUUCUGAGCUUUUAUCCUCAUUCUCUUGUUUCUUCUUCUUCUUCUUCUUCUUCUUCUUCUUCUACUUCUUCUCCUCCAUUGCCAUAUAACAGUGUUUAUCAAAAGCAAUCAACUCCCCCAUCUUCAUCAGGAAGUAAAAUUACUCCCGCUGUUUUGGUCAUUAUAGUCAUCCUUGCUGUCAUAUUUUUUUUAUCUGGUCUUCUACACUUGGUUGUUAGAUUUCUAAUGAAGCAUAGAUCUAGCUCAUCGGUUUCUGAAUCCGACAGAUACCCUGAGAUGUCAGGGUCUGAUGCUUUCCAAAGACAAUUGCGGCAACUCUUCCAUCUUCAUGAUUCAGGUCUAGAUCAGGCUUUGAUUGAUGCGCUGCCUGUGUUUCUGUACAAGGAGAUAAUGGGUUUGAAAGAACCAUUUGAUUGUGCAGUUUGUCUUUGUGAAUUCUCCGAACAAGACAAGUUGAGGUUGCUUCCCAUGUGUAGUCAUGCUUUCCACAUUCAUUGUAUAGACACAUGGUUACUGUCUAAUUCAACUUGCCCUCUUUGUAGAGGGACACUUUUGACAUCUGAACUGCCCUUUGAGAACCCAGUUUUUGACUUUGAAGAUCCAAGGGAAGAUGAUGGAUUACGAAUCAAUGGGGGAAGUGGGGUUUCUCUGGGUCCUAAGCCAGCAGGAAAUGAGAUUGAGAAGCGAGUGUUUUCAGUUAGGCUUGGUAAAUUUAGAAGCUCCAAUGAAGGAGAUGGAGAUGUGGUAAGAGGAGAGGGAGAGACGAGCAGAAGUGAUUUGGGUUCAAGGAGAUGUUACUCAAUGGGGUCAUAUCAGUAUAUUGAAGCUGAAUUAGAGUUGCAGGUAGCCUUAUGCCCCAGUAGGGUUGGCAGCACAAGUUCUGGAGUAAAGCUUGUAAGAGGGAGAGGAGGACAAAAUGGGAAUUCUUCAAAUGAUGCAGAUGUUGAGGGGAAGAAGAUCAGCCUCAGAAGUAAAGGUGAAAGCUUUUCUGUUUCCAAGAUAUGGCAAUGGUCUAAGAAGGGUAAAUUUCCAAGCUCUUCAGAUACCCCUGUAGGGCCUUCUUCUGUUACUGUUGGUUUGCCAUGGACUGAAUGUAGAACUCAAGUUACUUGAGGGUAUUUUAUUAUUCCUUUGUACUUGACUACUUUCUUCAUCACAUCAAUAAAUCCAAUUUAUUAAA